UGACGUAAUAUACCCAAAAAUAUUGUUUUUUAAAAAAUUACAAAAUAAAAACAACUGUCAAACCAUAACCUUAAAUUGGUGACUGACACGACACUACAAAAACUCAUUUUAAAAGCAAUUUAUAUCCUUAAUUUUCAGUAAAUUUUUGUUACAAUAAAAUGAAGAUUCGUUUUAACACAUACGAUAUAGUAUGUUCCGUUGCCGAGCUUCAGAGCUUGAUUGGCAUGAGAGUGAAUAAUAUUUACGACAUAGACAACAAAACGUAUCUAAUACGUUUGCAAAGAAGCGAGGAAAAAGCUGUAAUUCUUUUAGAAUCCGGAAACAGAAUACACACAACAGCUUUUGAAUGGCCAAAAAAUAUUGCCCCUUCGGGCUUCAGUAUGAAGCUUAGGAAGCACUUAAAAAAUAAAAGACUUGAAAGUUUAGCACAACUAGGUACUGACAGAAUUAUAGAUUUGCAAUUUGGUUCUAGUGAAGCUGCUUACCAUGUUAUUUUGGAGUUGUAUGAUCGGGGAAAUAUUGUACUCACUGAUUAUGAGUUUACUAUUUUAAAUGUGCUUAGGCCUCAUACAGAGGGGGAUAAGGUUAAGUUUGCAGUUAGAGAGAAGUAUCCACAGGAUAGAGCUAGGGAAAUUAGUUUAAUUAGUAAGGAAGCUCUUUUGGAUAUUUUGAGUAAAGCCAAAAAUGGGGAUCAGUUGAAAAAAGUUGUGGUUUCUAAUACAGAGUAUGGUCCAGCUCUUUUGGAACAUGUCUUGCUAAAACAAGGUCUCCCGAACUCUACAAAAAUUGGGAAAACUUUCGACAUAUCAAAAGACAUAGACACUCUUCACGCUGCUUUAACAGAGGCUGAGCAAAUAUUCUCUGAAUCAAAAAAGUCCCACACUAAAGGCUACAUAAUACAGAAAAAAGAGGAAAGAGUCGCCACAGAUGAUUCAGGAGCUAAAAUAAUGUAUUCAAACCAAGAAUUCCAUCCUAUUUUAUUCGAGCAGCACAAAUUGAUGCCCUUUAAGGAGUUUGAUAGUUUCAACCAGGCAGUAGACGAGUUUUAUUCCACUGCGGAGGAUCAAAAAUUGGAGUUAAAAGCUUUGCAGCAAGAGAGGGACGCCAUGAAGAAAUUGGAGAAUGUUAAAAAAGAUCAUGGGCAAAGAUUAGUUGCCUUGGAAAAAACUCAGGAAGUUGAUAAGCAGAAAGCUGAGUUGAUUACCAGGAAUCAAGAGUUGGUUGAUAGAGCUAUUUUGGCUGUGCAAUCAGCUGUUGCAACACAAAUGGAUUGGGCAGGUAUAGAAGAUCUUGUAAAAGAUGCAGCUUCAAAAGGUGAUAUAGUGGCUCAAAAAAUAACAAAACUAAAGUUGGAAAUUAAUCAUAUUACAUUGCAUCUCGAUGAUCCUUAUAAAGAGCUGAAUGAUUCUGAUAGUGAAAAUGAUGAAAAUGAUCAUAUACCUUCGAUGUCCGUCGAUAUUGAUUUGGCACUUACUACUUUUGCUAAUGCUAGAAGAUAUUAUGAUCAAAAACGUACCGCUGCCAAAAAGCAACAGAAAACCAUCGAAUCGCAAAACAAAGCCCUAAAAUCAGCGGAAAGAAAAACCAAACAAACUCUUAAGGAUGUUCAAACCAUAACCAACAUUCACAAAGCCAGAAAAGUAUAUUGGUUCGAAAAGUUCUUCUGGUUUAUAAGCUCGGAAAAUUAUCUCGUCAUCGGUGGUAGAGAUCAACAGCAAAACGAGCUCAUAGUCAAAAGGUACAUGAAACCUACAGACGUUUAUGUCCAUGCUGAUAUACACGGAGCUAGUAGCGUGCUUAUUAAAAACCCUACUGGGCAGCCUGUACCACCAAAAACUUUAAAUGAAGCUGGAACUAUGGCCAUAUGUUACAGUGUUGCUUGGGAAGCCAAGGUGGUCACCAAUGCUUAUUGGGUCUGGGGUGAACAAGUAACCAAAACAGCACCAACUGGAGAAUACUUAUCGACUGGAAGUUUUAUGGUGAGGGGCAAAAAGAACUUCCUACCACCCUCUCAUUUAAUAUUGGGCCUCAGUUUUCUGUUCAGAUUGGAAGAUGGUUCUAUUGAAAGACACAUUGGGGAAAGAAAAGUCCUCUCCGCCACUGAAGAAGAUGCUUUGAGUGUGACUGGUAGUGAGAUGGGCAAAGAUGAAGUUGAAGUUGAUAUUAUCGAUGAGAGUGAUGAGGAUAAAGAGGCCGAAAAAGGUGAAGAUUUAAAGGAGAAGAAAGAAGAAACUAAUAAAGAUAAUGACAGUUUUACAGAAAGUGAAGAAGAAUCCAAAUUUCCUGAUACACAGAUUAAAAUACAGAGAUUCCCUGGUACAAAGGUUAAUAUAGUGACAGAUCCUGUUAUAAAGGAAGAAGAACAUGAAGACCAAGAAAAUAUUAUUUAUUUAGGGGAUGAUAAACCGAUUGUCCUCAAACCAACCCUAAGGGCCCAAAAUUCUAGAAGUAGAGGAGUCAGCGAAUCAAGUUUAAAACAGUUCAAACCUCAAGAAAAACUCACAAAAGAAGACAAUACAAAGCAGCAACAAUCCAAACGUGGCCAAAAAAGCAAGCUUAAAAAAAUCAAGGAAAAAUACAAGGACCAGGACGAAGAAGAGCGUAAGUUGAGAAUGGAUAUUCUUCAAUCCUCAGGGGCCAGUAAAGAAGUAAAAAAGAAUAAAAAAGGUAAGGAUGUACAUCAAGGAGGUAAAACUCAGAAAAAAAGUGAGCCAAGACCUCAGAAAACAUUCCAACCUAGGGAGGUAAAUGAUGAAGAUGAACCCACUGUGCAAGCUGAUGUUGAUAUGAUAGAUGCUCUCACUGGUGUGCCGCAUAUGGAAGAUGAGUUAUUGUUUGCUGUGCCCGUUAUAGCUCCAUAUAACACUCUAGUGCAUUACAAGUUUAAAGUAAAGCUGACUCCAGGUACAGGUAAACGUGGCAAGGCUGCACGUACGGCAGUGACUAUGUUUUUAAAGGACCGUACAAUUACGCAAAGAGAAAAGGAUCUUUUAAAGGCUGUGAAAGACGAGCAACUGGCUAGAAACCUUCCCGGAAAGGUUAAAUUAUCUGCACCCAGACUCCAAGCUCUCAAAAAGUAGACUUUUAAUUUAUUAAAUAAUUUUAUUGAACUUGUUUUUAUAGGUAAUUUAUUAAGUUUAAUAAACUAUAAAUACGG